CCCCCCCCCCCCCACGGGGGGUGCUGGUUCGGGAGUUGUCGCGAUGAAUGGCGCCGCCGCCGCCGCUGGGCUCGCCAGUGAUCACUUACGGUCCGGAUCUUCAACAGCAGCAGUUGUUGACGGGAAUUUGCCCGCAAGAUCGCCGGUGAGGUCGGGCGCCUGCUCCCCCGCCGCCGCCACCCAGUUGGCGUGGGAGCCGUGGGUGUCGGAGUGGGACGACCCUGAGGAUUGCCACAGGCGCGAGCGCAGCCGCAGCGGCUCCUUCUUUCGGCCCGACCUGGAGAGCAUCCACGAGGGCGCCCGGAACAGCGCGUUCGGCGCCGGCUUGGACUCCGCCGUCGCGGCGGCAUUCCUCGAAGAUGAAGGAGAUUACGGCUGCGAGGUCGAAGGAGAUGGAGCAAUCGGAUUGGCCAACGGCGAGGCGCGCAGUUUCGGGGAUCUCGACGGGGAUGGGGGUGGGGGGGACGUGGCGGCCAGCGAGGAGGAUGACGAGGAUGAGGAUCUUUGGGAAGGUCCAGUAGACUCCUCGCUCGCUGGCGACUUGAACUCUCCACCACCGGAAGCCGGAGCGGCGGCGUACGACGCAACCAAUACGGUUGUCCCUGAGGACGGCCAGCCCGCUGCAGAGCCGGACCCUGCUGUGGUAGUCCUGACGGACGGAAUCCUGCUCAUGUGGAAGUCGUUAUCGAGGGCCCACGUCGCGACGGCCGUGCUGUGGCGCCCCUCUCGGGAGGCGAAGCGCGAGGACGCCCACAGCGAGAGGCACUUCCGCACGGCGGAGCAGCGGCUGAAGCCGCCCCGCUGGUCCGAGAUCAACGUGCGGGUGUACGAGGACAUCUUUCUCUGGAGGGACAGGACCGCCCGCAGGCUGGACGACGGGGUGGCGUACGUCUGCCCCGGGGACACCUUGAUCGAGGUGGCCCUGGCGAUGCCGACGACGGUGGACGGCCUUCGGCGGGUGGCGGUUCCCCUGUCGCCGGUGCUCGGGAACGGCGAUACCCCGGAGGCCGCCGAGCUUGUCCGGGUGGUGAGGGCUAGGCUUGGGCUGCCUGGUGAGGACGGUCGUGGGCCGGGGGCGCUUGGGCCGCCUGUUGACGACGGGGGGGCGCUUGUAUUGCCUGUCGAGGAAGAGCGUGAGGAGGAGGCGCUUCGACCGCCUGCUGAGGACGAUCGUGGGCGGGGGGCGCUCGUAUUGCCUGUUGAGGAGGAACGUGAGUGGGGGGUGCUUGGAAUGCCUGCUGAGGAGGAGCGUGAGGCGGGAGCGCUUGGACUGCCCGAUGAAGAACUUGAGGGGGUGGCGCGCGGACUGCCUGCUGACAACGAGCGUGUGGCGGGGGCGCUUGGACGGCCUGCCGAGGAGCACUGGUCGAGGGGAUGGAGGCUAGGGGGCCGUUGGGGCUGCAGGCGAGAUGGGGUGGUUUACUCGAAGACGGUGGUGGCGCUGGCCGCGGCCACAGCUGCCACUGCGGGAGUCAUCGUCGCCGUUUGGAAACGUAGGAAAGCCUAG